AUGAUCUGCGAGGAAGUUGAGCUUUCUAUGGAAGGGGCAGAUUCCCGCACAUAUGAAGGCAAUGCUGAACUCCCAAUCGGCCAGAUAACUCUCGCUGCUGGUGUUCCCAACCCAGUGGGCAAUCUCUUUGACCCACAUGCUAAUCUAAGCUCGACCACGCGAAGGGUAACCGUGUUCAAGGCCAGGACGGGUAAGAGCAGUAUUUUUGCUGUAGAGUUGAAGAAGGUCACAACCGAGCUGUUCAGCAAGACGCUGAAGUUGAAGGAGGCUGGGCUAACAGUGGAUGCCCUCCGUCUUGCCGAAGUCCCCAUUGAAUCUCCUCAAGAGGCGCUGGAGAAGCCUGUGGAUGCCGAGGAUCUUCUUCUCGAUGAUCUUGACCCCAAAUGCUAUGAAGACAUGGAGAAAUGA